AUGCCCCCUUCUCGCGAGGCUUUGGUUAACCGCGGGGAUGAAGACGAGGUCUGCCCCGUCUGCAAAUCCUCGCGGUACUUGAACCCGGACAUGCGAUUCCUUAUCAACCCAGAAUGCUACCACAAAAUGUGCGAAUCUUGCGUGGACAGGAUAUUCUCUUCAGGGCCCGCGAACUGCCCCGUAGCGGGGUGUCACAAGACACUGAGAAAGAACCGAUUUCGCAAGCAGACAUUCGAGGAUAUAAACGUUGAGAGGGAGGUGGAUAUACGGCGCAGAGUUAUGACAGUCCUCAACCGCCGAGAAGAAGAGUUCGAUUCCAAGCUAGACUGGGAUAACUUCUUGGAGCAGCGGGAGGAAAUCAUAUUCAAUCUUGUCAACAAAAUCGAUGUCGCGAAAACCGAAUCCGACCUGCAGAGCUAUGCGUCGGAGAACAUGCGCUCCAUUCGUGCGAACCAAGCCCUCGAAGCGAAGGAAGUCACCUCUUUCCAGGAACGCCAAAGCCAAGAGCAAGAGCUGGCACGUCUACGGCGGCAAGCUGCUAAGGAAGAGUACGAAAACGAGCGAAAGGAGUUGUUGGCUGGUCGAGAGGAAGUUCUCAGCCGCCUUGCGAGUGGGCGAGGGGCAGACGCUGCUUCAAUCGCGCGAGAGGGCCAGAAGGUCUUGCUCAAGAAAUCUUCAGCUCGACGCAGCGAAGAGGAAAGAAUCAGACAGAAACAGGCUGCACUGCGUGGGACAGAUUCCAAAAAGCCUGGCGCCACUGGUGCUGCGACAAGCGAAGAAGGUGGUUCGGGCUUGAUUAAGGGUCUCAAGAAGAUCAAAACUCCAGAGCCGGAGAGGCCCUACGAUCCUUUUGGCGGGAUGGUUCCCAACCAGCGAGACUAUUAUACCCUACGCGACUAUUAUCCGUCCCCCCAUCUUGAUUCUAUUCGACAAGAUACUCGAGUGCUUGCAGGGGGCUACAACCUUCAGGAAUACUAUUCACGAACCAUGCUCGAGGCUGUUGCAGGCUUAGGAUGUUUCAUCGAUGAAGAAAUUUCGCAGCGAGAGGCGAACUCCUUUAAUGCGAUGAAACCUGUCGGUACAUAG